AUGUCAGAUAAUUAUAAUGAAUUAUUUAUUAUUGAUUUAGGAUUAUGUAAACCUAUAAAUAAUUUACAAGAUUCUGAUAAAAAAGAUGAUAAUAUUUAUGGAGUUUUGCCUUAUAUGGCACCUGAAAUAUUAAGAUAUAAACCUUAUACUCCAGCAAGUGAUAUUUACAGUUUCUCAAUGAUAAUGUGGGAAUUUAC